AUGGGCAAUCAGUUCUGGGACCCAGUGAAAAUGGCUCAUGAAAACUAUCGCAUUUCUGCUUUUGAGCAGAGUUAUCGUUGUUACCCUGUCUCGUUUAUUGACAAGUCACAUCUGGAAAAGGGUGAUAAAAUUAUAAUGCCUCCCUCAGCUCUUGACCGCCUCGCAUCUUUACAGAUCGACUACCCUAUGUUGUUUGAACUUAACAAUCCUACUGUUGACCGAGUUACUCAUUGUGGGGUUUUGGAAUUUGUUGCUGAUGAGGGCCUAAUCUAUUUACCUUACUGGAUGAUGGAGAACAUGCUCCUUCAAGAGGGAGACAUUUGUCAAGUGAAAAACAAAAGCCUUGUAAAGGGAACGUAUGUGAAGUUGCAGCCCCACACCAAGGACUUUCUUGAUAUCUCAAAUCCCAAAGCCAUUUUGGAGACUACAUUGAGGAGCUACUCUUGUUUAACCACUGGUGACACUAUCAUGGUUCCUUAUAACAAUAAGAAGUAUUACAUUAACAUAGUUGAAACAAAACCCUCCUCUGCAAUCAGUAUAAUUGAGACGGACUGUGAGGUUGAUUUUGCCCCUCCUCUUGAUUAUGUGGAACCCGAGAAACCAGCACCUAUUACUUCGUCAAAGAAGAGACUAAUAGAAGCCGAAGAAGAACCACCUGAAAAGAUACCAAAAUUCAGUCCCUUUACUGGUUCAGGAAAACGAUUGGAUGGGAAACCCUUGACACAAUCAGUUGCACAAGUUUCCUCUCCCAUACUCAAGCAGCACCAACUGGAGAGUGAAAAUGGAACCAAGGGUUCGAAGUCGUCAACUUGUGCUGCACGUCAACACUCUGGAAAGCUUGUGUUUGGAUCAAAUGUCAACCAGCCCACAAAUGAAACCCCAAAAGUUGCCCCAAAGAACAGCAGGCAAGAGCCUUCUCAGAAGGCAGAAGAUCCUUCUCAAAAGACAGAUGAGCCAAAGUUCCAAGCAUUCACGGGGAAGAAGUAUUCACUGAAAGGGUGA